GUUCUCUAUUUCGCCACCACCAUCGUACGCGGUAUACUGAGAACGGUCGCGUGGGAUGAACCGUGCACGCACAGGCGCAGAAGACCUGCAGCCCAAUGAAGCUCUGAAUCUUAAUCACCGAAGUCGUCGACAAGACCGCCCACCACUCGUUCGUAUAGUCGCCCCCAAACCGCAGCGAGGUGCCUAUCGUCCAUACCGAGGUCGAGGUGCCCAAUUUUCCCGCGGAAGACCUUACGGAGGUCCUUCUUUUCGCGGCAGGGGGCGCGGUGGCGCUUUCAGAGGUGGCGCGCCAUCGUCUGUGCAGGACGCAUCUAGCAAUCGACACCCCAUGUCUCUCAAACACGACUCUACAUCCGCUGCUCAGUACUCGCCGCCACAACCGCACCUGUCCGACUCUAACACUAGUUCAUCUAAUCCUGCCCCUUACCCUCGAAUUCAAUGGGUCUAUAACAGUAACAAACGCCCCAAUCAACAGGAUCUACCAGCAGGGCCUUCUACUAUAUCUACGCCACCUUCUUCGAAGCGGAGGAAACUCAGUGACUCUAGUAAUACAUCCCCAUCAAUUACUUCGAAUACCCCGGUACGUCAAGAGCGUGUGACAGACACGCCUAUCGCUCCUCCCUCUUACUCUGCCGUACUGUCGGAACAAAACUCAGCUGCGAUUGUGGGUGAACGAAUACCGAGUCCCACCGCAGGCCUUGCUCCUGCGCCUUCCGAAUCGAUGACAGAGGGUAUUAUACGCGUCUCACCUAUUCCGAGUGACUGCAAGCCCGACCAUCCGUUGUCUGCUGCUAAUAGGUCGAUCUGGAUAGCAAUACAGCGGAAGAAAGUGAAGGAUAAGGGUGCCGAUGUUAGUACGAAAGCGUACAUUCGUGGUGAAGAGCUUCUCAUUGAAUGGAGGAGUUCAGUGCCAUUAAAUCCAAACGCACUGAGUCCUGUGCGGUCGAACACAAUCACACAGACUUCGACAAUGCCUACUAGGACAUCAGGCGCUUCCCAGCAUUUGUCGCUUCCCCGGAGAACUGAUGCCGUACCCUCCAACCUCGAACAUUCGCCACCUUCAUCUACUGCAAAAUCUGCUAUAGAUUCGUCCUCGUCACCGCCUCAAGUGCGUGACAGACCAACUUUACCACGUCCAUCUCAAAUGAGGAAUCAGCGCUCGUCGCCCUUGUCUUUCUCUCCACCUACCCAACCUCAGUUUAGCCCUAGUCCUUCGGCACCUACUCCUUUACCUCCCGCAUCACAGAUAUCACCACCUCGUAUUACAACUGUCCAAUCUACAUCGCAUGAAGCAACCCGCUCAACACAUCUAUCGGGUAGUCCAGUCAAUGCCGCAAUUCCUCAUAAUCAGUCGGGGUGGAUUACAAGUGAGGGGCGGUCUUCGUUCUUGCAGGUCCUGAGGUCGAAGCGUGCUGCAGACAGGAAUGCAGGAACGUCCACCUCUCCUGGUCCGUCUUCAAGUCCUUUGGCAUCGAGUGUGCCUCCGUCUUCGGGACAAAAUGGAAGGAUGCGCACUCCAAUUGAGCGGCUGUUGGAACAGUACGGUUUGUCUCCAGCGUUAGACAAUCGUUCCAUUGGGUCUUUCGAUGUCGCCGCGGCGAUGAAUGGCACUUUUGCAGCCAACGCCAAGUCUUCGUUAUCUGCUGGAGGAGUACGGACGAACUCGAGUUCGUCUAUUUGCCCGCGGCCUGCUAAACGGCAAAGACUUCACCAAUCGUCUCCAAUGGACAACAUCAUGCGAACCAGUCCUAUCCCCGCACAAGCCAGCAUGAAUACUUCAUCGAUUCCAGACUUGAUCAUUCCUGAACCUUCCGCUCAAUCGACUCAAUCUGAAUCAGCACUCAAUGUAACUGAGACCCCUCCUCAAGUCAAGCGCGAACGAAGUCUUUCUCCAGUAAACCUGUCGACUACCCUUCCGGUAAAGAGGGAACGAAGUCCGUCACCGACGAUCUCCACGGUAUCUCCCCAACCUACUACGCAGGGAACGUACCGUUUGGCUCCUCUGCCACCGAACUGCCAGGCGAACUUUCCUGGAUUCAAGGAAAAUCGCAAGGUGUGGGCUAGUCAGGAGAGGAAGAAGCUUGUGGCGAAGGGAUUGGUGGUGAAGAAGACCAUCAUGAGGGAUGAUGGGUUGGCUUUUGAUUGGACUAGUACGACGAGUGUCAUGCUUGACACCCUUUUACCGGCUUCCGUAUUCCCUGGACCGGAUACAACGAUCAAUGAGGCAAGAGAUGUCAGUCAUGUUGAACUCAAUCCACAUGCCGAAGCGCGUCAGUCUCCACGCUUGACUUCUUCCCCUCCUCCUGGUCCAUCUGCACAUCCUAUAACGUCGUCUGCGUCGAGCGCCUCCCCAAGUGGUCGAAUACCUCUUCCACGAGGAUUAAGAAAGCAACCCAAUCCAUCUCUUCCCAACUCCCAGUCAUCUAACCUCCCAACACCUCCUACCUCGUCUCCCCCAAAACCUGGGUUGAAUACUUCAUCUUCUUCACCAACUCGCAUACCAUUGCCAAGGAGGAAAGAUUUCCACCCUUCGACUCCCGUGGCAAGUUCCAGUUCCAGUUCCUCAGGUGGUCCGAAACCCUCAUCAUCACAGGAUAGUGGUUCGUCAAGACAUUAUUCACAAUCAUCAUCACCAUCGCACCAACCUUCGGUCACGACUAAGGCACGUGAGUUUCGACGAAUGCCUGUUCCCCGUCGAAAUAGGCAGUACGAGGCCUGGUCAACAUAUACAUCUAGAGUUGGACCUUCUUCUGUUGAGCCGCCGUUACCUGCCCCGAUGACGUUGUUGGCUUCGAGAGGACCGCGGCUUCGAGAAAGGCGAGAUGGGGAUGAUGAUGAUGUCGCUCGUUUGUUCGCUUUGAGUGAUGUGGCGCCAUCACCACCUAUGCAUGCGACGCCUCCGAAUUUCGAAGUGGUUCCUUCGUUGGCUUCUCCAGAACUACAAAGGCCUCCUCGUCACACAGCCUUACAGUUCCCUAGUCCACUUUCAGCGGAUAUGCACCGCAGCCCAGAUAGCUCUUCCAAAUUUCGGGUAGACGAUGAAGGAAGACCCGGUUGGAAUGCCAAUCCUAAUCCUGAGGAGGAAGGUAUGGAGGGGGAGGGGGAGGAUGGAGAUAGUGGUCGUGCCAGGGAUACGUUGGUUCGUGAGAGUGCACUCGAUAUACAAGAGUAUGGCGGUAAUGUUGACGCGUUUUUAGAGUCUGACACAGGAGAUGGCGUUGUGGUGGAUGAAUCAGAUGGAUAUCGUCCAUGUUUGAUAUCCCAGUCCCAGUCGGCCUCGGUAAUGACAUCGCGGGCAUCGGUCGAAGAUAUUUCUCAUCCGUGCGGUUGGACGCGGGAGGUUAUUACGGAGGAUCGUCAUCCUCCUGCUGAGGUUUCUAGCUCUGCGGAGGGGAUCUUGGUUGAGAAGAUUGUAGGGAGGUGUGAACGAUACCUUGAGCAGUAACUAUUUCAAGAUGUUUAGGGAUAAUUGUGCAAGUCUUGGUAGUGCAUAUACUCCAGACGCCUCCCUUGACAUCAAAGUUCUUCCACCUCUGAACGAACCUAUCGAGGACGUUCGUUCUGGCGGCUACCAUGGUAGAGAAGAUAUCAUCCAAGCAUUGCAGUCUCUUCCUAUUCCGUUGAGAGCUGGAUCUCGCCAGGGAACUGGCGCGGAUAAAGUCACCGUCUUCAAGACGAAGAGAGGGGAGCUAGCUGCUGAAGUUUACUCUCAUAGUAUAUCCAGCUGUGGAUCUUUGUUUCUGAAAGUUGAUGAUGAUGAUGAUGUUGGUGAUGGUGAUGAUGUGGGGCAAGAUGGUUUGACGGUGCCUGUGUGCUCAGGUUCGAAGUUAUGGCUGGGUCAUAACUUUGUUCUUAUUUCGUCUCCGGCAGAAGGUGGAGAUGAUGAUCAAUGGUCAAGCAUGAAAGCUUUGUUCCAUCAAAUCACGCUCAAACUAUCCUGACAUACCUUUGUCUGUGACCCGCAACUUCUUAGACUCUGUAUCCUUCACAUCUAUGCAUUGUAUUUCUUUUCUACUUAGUUGUAUCGAUAGAUGUAGCACUUGUAGCAUAUAAUUGGAAACCUUGUGGCGAACCUUACCUCAGUAGACUUCGCGCGUUCAAAC